AUGAGCCAGAAGAAAAAAAACUGUUGUUUUACAUAACCAAGGAAGAAAAAAACGCAAUAGAUUUAAACGAUGAAGUAGUACAAGGAUUUAUUACUAGAAUAAGAAAAAAUUCCUCGCAUAUUCGAAUCAUCAGUGAAGUGGUUGAACAAUUUCAAGAUUAUAGUUUUGUUAAAUCACACAAGUCCGAUUUAUAUCAAAUUGUUUUCUAUAAAUUUGCUAGCGAAUUUUCCAAAGCUGAAAAGGGUCAAUUUAUAACUCCGAUUCCUCUGAUUGAUUUUUUAGUGAAGAUUGUAAAUCCACGUAGCAAUGAAACAAUUAUUGAUCCAACAGUGGGAAUUGCUGAUUUUCUCUCUGUUUCUUAUGUUAACUCAGAAAAUCAAACCGAGCUUAAAAAGUUUGAUGUCGUUUUAACUAAUCCUCCUUUUGGCGAAGAUAGGAAAUAUGAGCCAAAAACUCCAAAAGAUAAAGAGAUUAUCGAAAUGUAUGAGUUGUGGAACAUUGCACGGUGUGGAAAUUGGAUUGACCUCGGUCUUGUCUUUUUAGAAAAUGCUUAUCGAAUUUUGGAAGAAAACGGAAGAAUAGGAAUUGUCUUAUCUAAUUCUCUCGCUUCUAUCGACAGAGUAGUUGCUCUUUUCGAUUUGCCACCUAAUGUAUUUGCAGAUUCCGGUGUAAAUACGACUCUUGUAAUUGCCUACAAACCAAAAACUAGUGAAUUGGAAAAAUUACAAAAAGAAAAUUACAGUAUUUUUACCAAAAACAUCAAAAAAGUUGGAUAUGAAAUAAGAACUAGCAAGAGAGUAAAGUUUUUUAACCCUCUUUAUAAAGUUAACGAGCAAACCUUUGAAAUAGAGCAGGACGCAGAAGGCAAACCGUUUUUGGACGAAGAAUUUACUGACACAAUUGGAGAAUUUAGAAGAUGA